AGGUAUAAGGUAGCGGGUAAUUAUCCUGGGGAGGCUGGAGAGGAGAGUGUGACGAGGGAGAUCACGUGUCGCCCUAUGAAUGACGUCAGCAGACACAAACUGUGGUGUGUGCUGUAGGUCAGUAAGUGUGUCGCUGAGCCAGCUCGACCUGCUUGCUGUUGGCAGCUCCGACAAACAUCUGUCAUUUUGCAGAUAAAGAGUAAACAUGUCUGCUUACCUGGAGCUGAAAGACAAGUUCGGCAAUGACAUUUGGUUUGGUCAUGGAGGCGACAUUUGGCUUCCUCCCUUCUCUACGAUCAAGGAUUUCCGGCAACACAUCAAAGACCUGCGUAACCUGGAACUCCAUUACGAUGACGUCAUCCUGACGGGUUUUCCCAAGUCAGGCUACCACUGGCACCGCGAGAUCUUGCACAUGCUUCUUGCCGGUUCGCCGGAGUUUGUCCACAAAUCAUAUGCUGAAGAGUUCCUGGACUUUUCUCCUCAGAACGAAUUACUGCCUGCAGACCGUCCUCGUGUACUUUUCACUCAUUUACGCUACCAUCAUCUUCCUCUACAAGUGUGGGAGAAGAAAGUCAAGAUUGUGCACUUGACCCGUAACCCUAAGGACACGUGGGUUUCCAUGUACAAUCACGCUCAUGGUCACAGAGGAAUCCUCGGCUAUGAUGGCACUUGGAACCAGUUUUUCGAACUCAUGAUGGACAUGGGAUUCUGGUACGGCGACUGGUUUGACUUCGUGCUGGACUGGGAGGCUAAGUUGUCAGCUGACAAAAAACUCAAUUUCAUCAUCUCGUCAUUUGAAGACCUCAAGCUGGACCCCGUGGGGCAGAUAGAGAAGUUGGACAAGUUCCUGGGAUUCAACAGGGGCAGAGAACUGUGUGAGCGCAUCGCGGAGGCUUGCAAGUUCUCUAACAUAAAGGUGGUCAAAGAAGCGCAGAUGCCGAGUGAACUGAAAGCAAGAUUGUGGAAGGAAAACGCGCCAGGCUUCUACAGGAAAGGCGAGGUCGGGGACUGGAAGAACUGGUUCACUGUGGCCCAGAACGAGGCUUUCGACGCGCUGUACGAGAAACGUAUGGCCGGCAGUCAGCUGACCUACAGAUACCAGUGACUGGCCUCCACUCAACCACAGUCUGUCUACAGCGGCCUCACAACGAGGCUACAGUGAUGUCACGUGUUCUCAUCAGUCAAGUGAUGUCACAUGUUCUCAUCAGUGAAGUGAUGUCACGUGUUCUCAUCAGUGAAGUGAUGUCACGUGUUCUCAUCAUCAACUGUCUUCAACAUCACAGAAAAUGUGAGAACAUUUCAUGUCUACAACUGUAGAACUGUCCAGGUUGUCGACAGUCGCCUGCUCAUCACCAAGGUGCCUACAAGCAAAGGACUGAAAAAAACAUGUUUCGUCAUGGCUGACAUUUUUCUUUGUACAGAGCUUUUAUUUUCAGUUGAACAAGUCCUGGAAUAAAAAAAAAUGUAAUUUUGAUCAUCAA